AUGAGUGUUCAACUUCGAGAAAACACCGAUUUCACAAUAUUUAAUGUGACACCUGACCCAACUGAAGUUACUCAGUGUAGUACAACUGAUGAGUACAAAGGCUCCCUCAGUCUUCCGAAAUUAUAUCGCUUUUCAGACACAUUAGACCUUCUUUUGUUAUUCGGAGGUAUUAUUGGCGAUGUAGCGAAUGGUAUAAUGUUUCCUAUAGUCAUCUUAUUAGUCGGUAAUGUUGUAGAUACGAUGAACCCAUAUAGCCAAGACACUUCUCAACUUCUUUAUUUAACUUUAGAACAACAACAUGCAUUGAACACAGUCAUCAUUUCAAAACUUGAAGAUGAGUUGAUGAAAAUUGUACGUCAACUUGCUUGGAUUGGUCUUGGUAAUUUCCUUGGUGGUAUUCUUAAAACGAUAUGCUUCAAUAUCUUAUCCACUAGACAAGGAAUCAAAAUCAGAAAAUUGUAUUUCAAGACUCUUUUAAGACAAGACGCAGCUUGGUACGACGCACACGAACUUGGAGAAUUGGCUGCACGAGUCGGGUCUGAUGUUAAAUUGAUAGAAGAGGGUAUUGGAAACAAAGUAGGGCAGUUACUUAAUACAGUCGCUACGUUUAUAACGGGAUAUACAAUCGCGUUGGUCAAGUGUUGGGAUUUGGCACUUGUCGUCAUCUCGGCACUUCCCUUCAUGUUCCUUGCCCUCUUUGCUAUUGGUAAAACCACUGCGUAUUCAAAUGGAAAACAACAAGUCUUCUAUGGGAAAGCUGCUGCCAUUGCCGAGUCUACCAUUGGCAAUAUUCGAACAGUUCAGUCUCUUUCACAAGAGGAAGCCUUUGGAAAAAGCUAUAAAGAAAACAUUCAAAGAACUACUAAGUACAAUGCGAUAUCGAGUAUUGUCAAUGGAAUUGGGUUUGGUGUUGUCUUCAUGUGUCUUUUUGGCUUCAAUGCUUUAGGGUGUUACUAUGGGUUCUUAGUGAUGCAAGGAAAAGGGGGGAGUUCAAAUACAUCUUCUGGGACUAUUUUAACUGUAUUCUUGGCUAUGGUAUUGUCCUCGCAAUCACUCUCUAUGGUAGCUGUUCCAAUUGGGUGUGUGUCGACUGCAAAGUCAAUUGCGUAUCGAAUUUACCAAAUCAUUGACAGAAUCCCCGACGUCGAUGUACUCAAUACUUCCGGGAAAGUGCCAGAAGUAUGUCUUGGAAAUAUAGAGUUCAGUGACGUACAAUUUAGCUACCCAACAAGACGUGAAAAACCCAUUUUGAAAGGUCUUGAUUUGAAGAUAGCUGGAGGAGAGACUGUUGCAUUGGUAGGAUCCUCGGGAUGUGGCAAAAGUACAUGUCUUCAAUUGGUUCAAAGGAUGUAUGAUGUGACAGGAGGACAGGUGGUAUUGGAUGGAGUGUGUAUUAAAGAUUUACAACUCAAAUGGCUGAGGAGCCAAAUUGGGGUUGUUGGACAAGAGCCUGUGUUGUUUAGUGGAACAAUCAAAGACAACAUUUUACUUGGUGCACAAGAACAACAAAACGUGAGUGAAGAUGAUAUAAUUAGAGUUGCUAAAAUGGCGAAUGCAUAUGAUUUUGUGAUGGACUUGCCUGACAAAUUUGACACUUUAGUAGGUGAGAGAGGGGGACAGUUAUCAGGUGGGCAGAAACAGCGGAUAGCGAUAGCACGAGCACUGAUUAGAAACCCAAAAAUAUUGUUGCUUGAUGAAGCAACAAGUGCACUCGACACACAAUCGGAAAAAGUUGUUCAAGACGCUCUUGAAAAGGCAGCUAAUGGGAGAACUACUAUCAUCGUCGCUCACAGACUGUCUACUAUCAAAAAUGCGAAUAAAAUAAUGGUGAUGCACCAAGGAGAAGUCAUAGAAAGUGGAACACAUCAGGAUUUAAUGGAGUUGAAAGGGGAGUAUUACACUUUAGUUAAACGGCAAACCAUUGAAGAGAAGGUCGACCAAGAUAACGCCCAUAAAAAUGUCGAGCCUGGGACGAUUGCGAUUGACCAACCCCUGAAAGUUGAGAAUGAGAAUGAAGAAGAUAGUGAAGGUGUUAAAAAAGAGGAAGACUUUGUUGAAUAUGAAAAGAAGGAAGCGAAGAAGUCCACACGAUUUCUGUUGCCAAGGUACAUUCUCAAUAACCUUCGUCAUGAACACAUUGGUAUUUUGAUCGGUGCAAUAGGGUCAAUGGGUGUAGGUGUGUUAUUCCCCCUCUUUGCAUAUCAAUUUGUAUGUUUGACGAGUGUGUUUUCUCAAAUUACAACACCAGAAUCGGUGACUGAGGAUAUUAAAGUCGAGGUGCGUGAUGGGUGUUUAAAGUUAUUAGGGAUAGCAUUUGCUGGAUUUGUUUCCAAUUUCAUGUCUUUAAGUAGUUUUGGUAUUACAAGUAAUAGUUUUAUGGGUCGACUUCGCGUGAAGAUGUUCGACUCCAUCUUAUCACAAGAGAUAGGGUUUUUCGAUCGAAAGGAGAAUAUGGUAGGGUUACUGACCACACGACUGUCUUCAGAAGUCACCACAGUCAAAGGAAUCUCUGCAGAACGGAUUGGAAAUGUGUUGCAAGUGUUAUCCACUGUGGUGUGUGGUCUAUCUCUAUCGUUAUCGUUUGACUAUCGGAUCACAUUGUGUAUCAUGUGCCUUGCACCUUUUGGUGUUGGGAGUUUUAUAUUAGACGCAAAACUGAAUAAAAGUGCUGCGUCUCCAAUGGAAAAGGCUUAUGCAGCUUCUGGGAACACAUUAGUAGAAGCAGUUGAAGCGAUGAAGACCGUUCAAAGUCUUGGCAAGGAAGUCCACUUCUUUGAAACGUUUCAACAACAACUCAAGAAACCUAUCAAGACACUUGUGUAUAUGACACCUUUGAUGGCAUUGGUCUGUGCUAUUCCAGUAGCUAUGCCAUUUUUUGGCCAGGCAUUUGGGUGGAGUGUUUCAAUCACCUUUUUGAAGAAAGACACAUCCACUAAUGUCCCAACGUUGCAGUUUAUAAGAAACUUCCUUGGCAAUUACAUUGAUAUUCUAAAGGCAAUGGUAAGUAUGUUGACAGUGUUAAAGGGUGUUAUUGAUAUUGGUAGUAUAAUGCCAGAUGUUGGAAAAGCUUUGAAAUGUGCUUCCAAUGUUGAGCAAAUAACGAAGAGAACUCCUCACAUUGAUUGUAAAAAGGGUGGAGUGAAGAGGGAGAACAUUGAAGGAAAUAUCGAAUUUAGAGACGUAUUUUUUAGAUACCCCACUCGGUUGCAAAAUCCAGUUUUGAAGGGCGUGUCAUUCAAAGCAAAUCAAGGGAAGACGGUCGCUUUUGUGGGAGCGUCAGGAAGCGGGAAAAGCACUGGGAUUCAACUUUUGGAACGAUUUUAUGACCCCACAAAGGGGUGUGUGACUAUUGAUGACAUCGACGUUACACAACUUGACGUCGAGUUUCUGAGGAGCCAAAUUGGGCUCGUUGGACAAGAGCCUGUGUUGUUUAGUGGAAGUGUCAUGGAAAAUAUCAUGAGAGGAGUUCCAAGAGGGAUGGAAGUAAGUUGUGAAGAUGUGUACCGCGUCGCUAAAAUGGCGAAUGCACAUGACUUUAUCAGUGCUAUGCCUGAGGGGUAUAAUACUGAAGUGGGUGAGAGAGGGGGACAGUUAUCAGGUGGGCAGAAACAGCGGAUAGCGAUAGCACGAGCACUGAUUAGAAACCCAAAAAUAUUGUUGCUUGAUGAAGCAACAAGUGCACUCGACACACAAUCGGAAAAAGUUGUUCAAGACGCUCUUGAAAAGGCAGCUAAUGGGAGAACUACUAUCAUCGUCGCUCACAGACUGUCUACUAUUGUGAAUGCAGAUGAAAUAUUGGUAAUUGUAAAAGGAAAAGUUGUCGAAAAGGGAACACAUCAAGAGCUUUUGAAACAAAAAGGAUUUUAUUAUUCCUUGGCACAACAGCAACUUGCUUGA